AUGGGAAAAAGUUUGAAAGACUUUCAGGGGAUGCCGAUACCCAAUUUAGUUAAUCUUUCUAGAACAACCAAUCGGUUGAUACGGGAGGAAUUGGCAUAUGAUAUUAAUGUAAUGAAGGAAGAGAAUGAUACUUUGGUGGAGAAACUAACUGAAGAGCAAAAAACAAUAUAUGACAACGUAUUGCAAGAUUCUGAGAAUAAUCUUGGAGGACUCUUUUUUGUUUAUGGAUACGGUGGAACGGGAAAAACAUUCUUGUGGAGAGCAUUAUCUUCUGCUAUAAGGUCAAAGGGUGAGAUAGUUUUGAAUGUUGCAUCAAGUGGCAUAGCUUCUCUUCUAUUACCCGGGGGUAGAACUGCACAUUCAAGGUUCGCAAUACAGAUCGCUGUUAAUGAAGAUUCAACCUGCAAUAUCAGCCAAAGCAGUCCUUUGGCACACUUGAUUAUGCAAAGUGAUGGAACAAUUGGUGAUUCAAUGGAUGGAGAAUCCUUCUCUCAGAUAAAUAUUCCUGAACAAUUUUUGCUCACGUGUGGAGAGGAUCCUAUUGCUACAAUUGUUGAUAGCACAUUCCCUAUGUUUCGCAGUGGCCACAGAGAUCAUGAAUAUCUAAAAGAUCGUGCCAUCCUGGCACCAACUUUGGAUGUUGUAGAUACAGUCAACGAAUACAUGAAUGACUAUAACAAUGCUGAAGGAAGGAUGUAUAUCAGUUGUGAUUCGGUAUGCAAAUCUGAUUCUAAUGUUGACAUGCUGGCUGAUCUGCACACACCGGAAUUUUUAAAUGGCUUACGAUGUUCUGGAGUUCCAAAUCACUCAUUGACUCUAAAAGUUGGCUCACCAGUUAUGCUCUUAAGAAAUAUUGAUCACUCAUUGGGGUUGUGCAAUGGUACAAGGAUGAUUAUUUCAAAGUUGGCGGAUCAUGUUUUAGAAGCUCAAAUACUGUCCGGAUCAAGUCCUGGUUUGAUUGAUCCUAUUUCCAAUUCUUGGGUUCUGGAUAUCUUGUCUGACAUUUUUAUUCAUGAGGAUGUGGCUCACAUAUCUAGGACCCCUGUUAGCCCAGAUUGA